AUGGAGAUCGAGACGGACGAGGAAAUCGCACAUGACGAAUUCCCUAUCCCGGCCCUGCCACCCCCUCCCCAGCAGGCCAACGCACCAGGCCAACAAAGAACCCUUCCGCCACUCCUUUCCUCGUCGCUCGAGGCGCCCACCAGCCGGCCCUCCUCCCAGGAUGCCGACAAGGAGAAUAACCAACCCCAGAACUCCGCUGCUACUACCGAACCCACCGUCACAGAUGAUCCAGAAGAGGCGCCGGCGCCGGCGCUGCCCGUCACCCUGCCGCCAGGCGUGCUCCCGCCCCAACUGGACGGCAUGCUCACCGAGAUUAACAAUGUCCUGACCAAGAACUUCACCAAAUUCCCACCACACACAAUUCAGCGCGUCUCCGAGCUACUUCUCGAGCCGCGUCAGCACUACCGUCACCUCGCUUCCUACCUACACGCGCUCGACCGCGUCGUCCAUGUCACUUCCACCAACAAUAUCUACCCUCUGCCACCCGCCAUCCCCGACAUGUCGACCAUGACGCUUCUCUCCAACGGCGUGACUGACCCCGUGACUGGCGCCAUCACAUCAACAACGAGGACACCCGAACCGAAAGACCCGGCCGCCAAUGUGUCCUGGGGCAACCCCACGACCGCAGCGCCUCCAGCCUCCGGCGUCGGCUCCGACGAAGCCCUCGGCGGCGCUUUACUAACCCCCAUCCCCUGGCUAACGCGACGUCCCAGCCCCCGAGGCGACUCUGCCUCGUCCAGCCCGACCUCGACGCACUCCGGCAGCGGACCCUCGCCCGGCACCGGCCAGCAGUCCCAGGGCCAGCACGAGAUCCGCACCGAGUCGACCGAGACGAUCGAGGGCCCCAACGGCAUGGGCCACAUUGAGACGGUCACCAUCAGCGUCAACGGCAUCUCCUCCGCCGCCAGUUCCGCCGCCACGGGCCCCCGUCCCAUCACCCAAGGUGAGUUACUACGACAAGAGCAGCAGCGCGGCGUCGUCCCAGUCAGCCAACUCGCGCGCCAAGCAGAAGAAGCCGCCGCCCAGCACAUCCACGCCGCCGCCGCCCAGCUCGCCGCCGCUCAGGCCGCCGCCGCCGCCGCCCGCGCCGGGUCCUCAGACAUCGACCCCGAUGCUGACCCCGACGCCGACGACGACGACAUGGCAGCCGAUGCAUCAACCGCUGCCGCCCCCACCACAGACACGUCCGCCGACGCAGCUGACGGCGACGAGGCGACGACAACGUCCCCCACCGCCGCGGCAGUCGCCGCCGACGCAGACGAGGUGCCCCACGCCCGCGGCCCGGCCGAGAUCGGCGCCGACGACCUCGGCCCCCAGAGUGCGUCCAGGACCACGUAUGGCGGCCCCGGCGUCGAAAUGCAGGGCAUCGACGUCGAGGCCGCCGUGGGCCGCAAGCCCGAUGAGGAGCCGACGACCAGCAUCAACGAAGACGACGCCGCCUCGGACGCCGAGAGCGAGGCGUCGCAGAAGAGGGAGGCGGACGCCGACGUUGGGGAGGGUCCCGCGCCCAAGAAGCGCAAGGACGGAGACGGAGACGAGGACAUGAGCGAUGAUGGCACCGAGGACAAGACGGAAAAAGUCGACAGCGCGAAGGAGGGUUGA